CCUCGAAGCGCCCGCAGAGUGGUAAACCCGCGUCCAUUUCAUCUUUGCUCCUGUAACCCCAUUCCUCCUCGUCUGUAUGCUAGUUCUGUGAUCGAGGGUCCACGAUGGCCUUUCUCUUUGGAGGAAGAGGGCGACAAAAGCAACCCGCCGAAAUUGCCCGGUCGUUGAAAGACCUGCUGGUCAAACUCCACGAGCCCAAUCCGAGUCCGAAGGUGGAAGAAGAUGUCGCGAAACACAUGUCGCAGAUGAAAUUGAUUGUUCAAGGCACCCCCGAAGUCGAAUGCAGCCCCGAACAGGUCCACCAGCUCGUGCACUGCAUCAUCCAGGAAGACAUACUCUUUGAACUGGCAAAGUCUAUCCGUCUACUCCCCUUUGAAGCCCGGAAAGAUGCCCAGAUCAUCUUCUCCCAUAUCCUCCGCUACAAAGCGUCCUCCAACAACUCCUCGUCACAGUCCGGUUCGUCGGAGCCUUCAGCCAUCUCCUACCUUGUCCUGCAGCGGCCCGAGAUCAUUGUCGAACUAUGUCGCGGAUACGACUACCCUCAGUCCGCCAUGCCAUGUGGGACAAUCCUGCGACAGGCGCUGGCCUACGACACGAUUGCGGCGGUGAUAUUAUACGACGAAUCUCAACCGGGCGAAAAGGCCGUGCAUCUGAAAGAUCUGGACGUCAGCCGCAAACAAACCGGCAAGGGCGUGUUCUGGAAGUUUUUCGAAUGGAUCAAUAAAAGCAGCUUUGAGGUGUCUGCCGACGCCUUUACAACGUUUAGGGAAAUCCUCACCAAACACAAACAGCUCGUCUCACAGUACCUGGCGACAAAUUAUACCCUCUUCUUCACGCAAUCCUACAACCCCAUCCUCCUCCUGUCCCCUUCGUAUGUCACAAAACGCCAAUCCAUCAAGCUGUUGGGAGAACUGCUUCUCGACCGCAGCAAUUACAUCAUCAUGACCCAAUACGUCUCCAGCGCCGACCACCUGAAACUGACCAUGACCCUGCUCAAGGACGACAGGAAGAUGGUCCAGUACGAGGCCUUCCACGUGUUCAAGGUCUUUGUGGCGAACCCCAACAAGAGCGACGAGGUGAAGAGGAUCCUGGUCAAGAACCGAGGGCGGCUAUUGCGGUUCCUCCCCACCUUUCUGGAGGGGCGGACAGACGAUGACCAGUUCUUAGACGAGAAGAGCUUUUUGCUCAGGCAGGUGGAGAUGCUGCCGGACGAGGAGUCUCUGGAGAGGGAGAGGCGGGGCAGCAGCCAGAGCGGUGCGGCGGGCGAAGGAAGUGGACAGGUCAGUGUCGGGGCAUGAAAUGACGAACGAGCCACACCCCCUUCGUUUGAGGACGAAAUUUGGGAGACAAGGGACCUCUCCGGCCCUGAUUGAUAUACAGACAGACUGGCGUCGGAGUCGGGGUUCACCAAAAAACAUUGCCCGGGUUUUUGGUUUGGUCGUCCACAACUCGUGGCUGCUGCGAUGUCGGAUAGCAUUGGCGUGUUAGUGUUUGCCGCAAGGAGUCCCGGUCGCGAUGGGUUCAAGUAAAAGGGAAAUGGUCUUCGUUUCUGCGUCCGUCCGUCCGUACAUGCGUCAGAAUAACUACGACGGCGAGGUCGAGGCUGUCUCAUCUCUCCACCUUUCUAGAGCGGAAGGAAAGGAGCCCAUGAGGAUGAUGGGAGAAUGACGGGUGUGGAACUGAAGGAAUGAGCGAAUGAAUGAAUACAUGCAUUGAACGAACGCCGAUCCAUGGAAGACUGUCCCUCGUAAUAGUCGAAGCACACAUCAUUUUGGUCUGCUAGACUUCAGAGCCAUUGGCAUACUGCAGUUCAGUCCUGCUCAACAAACGAUAA